GCCGAAAACCGUUGAAGCCGUUGAACCUGAGCCAGAACCAGUGACACCCACAAAAAUGUCCAAGAAAAACAAAAAUAAAAAGAAGCAGACACCUAUUGUAGUUGAGACUCCGGUUGAGAUUGUAAAACCCUCGCCAAAAAAGAACAAAUCCAAAACUGAGAAGUUGAAUGCCUUAAUUUUGGAGGACAUAACUACCCCAAGCAGGAAGAGUAAGGGGGAUCAUGGCAAUCAUCAUAAACACUCCAGAAAUGAUAGUGUUUCUGAAGAAAGUACAACCAGCAGUCCCAAAAAGAAGCACAAGAAAGAAAAAAAGCACAAAAUUCCAGUAAAGGUCAAAGAUGAAGAAAGUGAAGAAGAAGCCAUGUUUGAUGAGCUGAUUCCACCAGUAAUAACUGAAGAAAAUGGCGAUCCUGAGGCAGAGAUUGAUUUGUUGGAGAUUCCAAAAGCUGACCUGCAAUUACUCUUAAAUGGUAUUCAAAAAUUGUUACCAGAGACUGAAAGUAUCACUCCUAAGGCCAGAACUAAAAAACUGGACUGGGAAAAGGUUGCAUUUGGUGACUACACAGCUGAAAGAUGCGCAAAGAUCUGGGACGCAAUCCAGAAACGACAAAGACAGUAUCGCUACAUGUCUGAACCCUGGCGAAGCGCAAAAAAAAAGCCACCAAACAACAUCCCGAUUUUCCCAAGCGACCUAAAUCUGCUUUCCUUCUAUUUCUCAAAGAUGCUAAAGCUGACAUUAUGCGCGAGACGAAAGACGCGAAAAUCACAGAAAUCGCACGCAUUGGUGGUCAAAAGUACAAACAACUUUCCGAAGCGGCUAAACAAUGCUACUUGGACCGUGCUGCCGUAAGCAUGCGCAAAUACGAACGUAAAGUCGAACAAUUCUAUGAAAAACAUCCACAACUCAAGACUGAAGUGGUCCAAAAGUACCCAGGACCAAAGAAACCACGCACUGCAUUCACACUGUUUCUGGAAGAC